UUUAAGUAUUUCUAGCCAUAUAUUUGGUGAGCACAAGGAGUACAAUAGCCGCAGCCAUACGUGUAUGCGUGACGUAAACAGAGCUGAGAAAGAUUACAUUCCAUCUUUGAAAUUGUACGGUCUGUAUAUCGAAGUCGAGAAAGCCAUACGAUUCCUCAGCUGCUAUUCGGAUAGUUUGUUAACCAAUGUGACAAACAAUCCCGCAGAAACAUUUAAUUCAAUUAUCUGCAAAGAGAUUGGUGGAAAACGUAUUAAUUUUGGUGCAAGAGGUUCCUACAAUGCUCGAGUUGCAGGAGCUGUUACGCAAUACAAUACGCAACAAGAACUUACAGAAAUGCAUAAGAACAUGUGUAAAACCAUUCCACCACUAGUAAAGAGAUUGGAGGAACGGCGGCAGAGAAAAGUUGCGAAAACGAAAGAAUUGCGAAUGACCCAUGGCAAGAGAAGGAAAUUUAAGCCGGUGCAAGGAACGGAUAGAUAUUAUGGUCCAAACUCGCAAAGACCAGAUCUUCCGAGUGAUAUACUACUUCAACUUUGGAAGGAACAUUUUGAAAAGCUUGCUGACAAUGCCAGAAAUCGUACAAUAAUAGAAACGAACACAAGAGAGCAAAACGAUUCAGAUUUAUGGAGAGCUUUAAAAGAGAAAAUGCUAACUGCUUCGAAUUUUGGAGCAGUAUGUCUCAUGAGACAAACAACGUCCUGCGCAGCAAUGGCGAAAAACAUUUUAUAUCCUCCACCUGUCGAUACCGCUGCUAUGAAAUACGGCCGCUAUAAAGAACACAUUGCAAGAAAAGACGUAGCGAACGCAAUGAAAACAAGAAUUCGAACUUGUGGCUUGUUCAUAGAUCGCGACAUUCCAUACUUGGGUGCCUCUCCUGAUGGACUUAUCGACGAUGACGGUUUACUGGAACUGAAAUGCCCACAAUCUGCUGAGAAUUUGACAGCGAUAAACGCAAUAGAAACAAUACGUCACUUACGAAACAUCUUCGAUAAGAGAGAUAUACAAGAAAUGAACAGAAAGCACCAGUAUUUCUACCAAGUACAAGGUCAGUUGCAUAUAACGCAGCGGAAGUACUGUAUUUUCGCUAUCUGGACACCUAAAAGCAUACAUAUGAUCCGCGUAAAUAGGGACGACGCAUUUUGGACAAAUCAUAUGGAACCUUUCGUAACGCGCUUCUAUGAAGGAUGCAUGCUUCUGGAAAUAUUGGACAGCCGCCACAAUAGACACAUGCCUAUUAGAAAUCCAGAAUACAUACUACGGGCAAAAGAAGACACCGCAUCCAUUCAAAAAUGUAGCAGACAAAUCGCAGAAAAGCGUACAUACGAAAAUAUGACACAGAACAGUGUUGUAGCAUCAAAUAUUACCAAGUAAUCAAGUAAAUAUACGUUGAAGCAGUAACUAGCGAGUGUGUCAUUGUCAGUCAUUCAGACCAAGAAGAAAACUUCAUAGAUGAUGAUGUAGGAUACUAUAUAUUGGAGACUACUGUUUCUUCCGUAACUGACGUACAGAAAAAUGUACUACCUGUGCAAAGUAAAUUAAACGAUGAAUCGUUAGAUCGAUUUUUGCGUGUCGUCAGAGAAACUACUCCUUUUGAAACGCAAAGUGUCCUAUACUUACAGUUUACAAAAUUUAUCAAUCCCUGCUGUACUGAUAAAAGCGUGCAAAUAAUUGGAGGCAACUGUUCUGAUCACUGGCGAAGUAUCUAUUUCGACGGCCACAAACUCCAUGUAUACGACAGUUUACCUGGCAGUACAUAUGAUAAGCUCGUAGAAGAAGAAAAAAAGUAUAUUGCAUUACGAUUUCCUCAUAUUCGCAAAAAGGAUAUACUUUUUGAAAGAGUUCAAGCGCAACCGGAUUGUUACAGUUGUGGUGUAUACGCGGCGGCAUACAUCACUACCAUAGGUUUGCUCAGAAAACUAUUCCCAUGACGUACAACGCCUGAGACGUCACUUUGUGAAUAUUAUUGAACGAUCAAUCGAACUUACCUGUAAGUGAAGUUCGAUCGCAAUUAUAUGAAGAGCCUCGUUCGAAGAGAUUACUAGUGUAGCUCCUUCCUUGUCUGCUAGAGGUCACAACGUUCAGAGUAAAAAAUUUUUUGGUUGAGUUGCCGUCUCUCUAUGCCGAUCUUCAUAUCUUUAGAGCGUUUAAAAUUGUGUAGAACAACACGGGGAUUAUGGCAGAUUUGCGGCAGAUUGGCAGCAGAGCCUGCAAUUUCAGCCAUUUAAAUUUUAAACGGAACAGUGACUAUACAUAUAAAUGGUAUUUAAAAUCUUUUUCCGAAUUACGAGUGUUCAGGAAUAAGAACUAUUAUAAAUUUGAUAGGAGCGCAGUAUAUUUUUUUUCAAUAACAUGAAUUGUAAUACUACGAGCGAAAUAAAAAGAAAAUUAUAAAUUAUAAAAUAAAUUAUUGAUAAUUAAUAAAUUGCAAUUAAUUGAUAAUGCGUUUACUGUAUUCAAUAAAAGAACUGAAAGAUACCAUUAAACAUUUGUCAUGUAUACAGUAUAUGUACAUUUAUAUAUAAUCUUCUGAAAAAUUGUCAUGAUCAUAGGAAAGGGACGGAUACUAAAAGAACUGUAAACAAAAUAUAUAAUAAAAAAUAAAAUAUUUUAUUUGGCAGAAUAAAUUCACGAAUACCAACAUUUGUUGCUAGGAUAAGGAAAACUGCCAAAACCUUAUCAGUAUUCACAACAAAAAAAUGUACAUUUACAAUGUCAACAAUAUACAUAACAAAUCAACAUAUAAAUGUUGAUAUAAAUAAUAUAUAAAUUCAGAAAAAUAAAAAGCAAUGUAUAAAAUAAUUAUAUCUUCAGGUCCUCUUCAGUUUCUCUUCAGAUCCUCUUCAGUUCUUCUUCAGUUCCUCUUCAAGGCUUAACCCCAGCCUGCUGCAAAUUAUAAAUAUUAUGCAUAUGUAUAAAUGUUUAUGUACAUAUGUACAUUCUUGCUAGAGGGCACUGCUAGAGGUGCCGUGUGCCGUAGAGAAAGAAAAAAGAUUUGGAGCACGGUUUCGAGCAGUUUACAGUUGACACGGUCUCUGCCAUCCCAUAUAAAUACGUACAACUAUUGGCCUUGCAUGAGAUGUGUUUGUAUUACAGUUAUUUAUCCAACAAGUGAGUUUAUGGCAGUAAAUGAAAAAAGGCAUGAAGGUACUUGCAAGUACAUACCAGUCCAAAAGUUAUCCACUGUUUCAUGCUGAGGAUUUCGGGGACCUCUUCUUUUGCUUCGCACUCUUUCCUUAGCAGUGCGAAGCGCCGCUUUUAAGUGUUCCGCUACAUCCUUGCGGGACGGUCUUGGGAAGUGCUUAUUCUGGAGCACGGCAUCUAAAAAUCAAAUGUAAGCAUAUAAUAUGAAUACUGAAUACCAUAUGAAGUAAUAGUAUCACAAUUAUAUAAACAGUGAUUCUUACCGUGUAUAGCAUGAACAAUUCUUGUCUCGCAAAGUGCGAGAUUGUUAUCUUCGCGGCCCAACCAGGAAUAAGAUGUUAGCAAGCAGUCACUCACUGUUUCUUUAAAAGAGAGAGUGACUGCUUCCUUCAGGUUGAAGCCGCCCACGUACUCCAAAUAGUUUACCUAAACAAAGUUCCGUACCUUGCUGCAUCCGUGGUUCAGGCCUGCUCUCCACUGCAUCUGGAAUAUGAAAACUUUGCGUUGGUG